GCGCAUGUGCUUUUGAAAUAGGUUUCGGAAAGAGGGACAACUUGCGCCUCUGUAUGAACCAUAUAAUAAUACAAACGUUCAGUGAUUUUGGAUUGUUGGUAUAGAUUGUUUUAUUGUACACUUAUAAACCGAUAUAUUAAUACGGUAAUUAUAAGCUAUAUGCAACAGUAAUGAUGGCAGUUAAACAAAAUACAAAACGAUCAAAAUGGGCUCUGGAUUUCGCACACAAGAAUAAACAGGACAGAAAUGUAGAUAUUCCUGCUCCACCUGGUUAUACACCAGCUGUUGCAUUAUUUCAUGCUGCGGAUUCUAUAAGAGAAACAGAUUCUAAUCAUUUAAUAAUGAAAAAAUCAUGGGAUCUAGCUUUGGGACCUCUUAAGCAACUUCCAAUGAAUUUAUUUAUUAUGUAUAUGGCGGGUAAUUCUAUAGCAAUAUUUCCUAUUAUGAUGGUUGGUAUGUUAAUCAUUAGACCAAUAAAGGCAUUAUUUACUCUUCAACAAACAUUUAAAGUCAUUGAGGGAACUCAUGCUUUUGCCCAGAAGUUUGUAUAUUUCUUGGGGCAACUAGUAAACAUGGCACUAGCAUUGUAUAAAUGUCAAUGGAUGGGAUUACUUCCAACACAUGCAUCUGAUUGGUUAGCAUUCGUGGAACCACAAGCUCGACUAGAAUAUUCUGGUGGUGGAUUUAUAUAUGUAUGACGCAAAUCACAAUGGAAUUAAAUAUAUUUAUAUACAUACAUACAUACUUAAUAUAAGCAAUUCUUUUAAAUUAGACAUAUCUUACUUUAUGCAUAAAUUACAAAGAACUACACACAUUAUGUAAAAAUGUUUUAUUAAAACAAAAACAAAAAUAUCAUGUGUUAUAAAUAUGUUACGUACUUAUUUACAUGGCUAUUCAGUAUUUUCAUUACAGAAUAUUCUGUAAGAACAAUAUACAGCUUCAAUUAAA